UCUUCAACUUUCUUUUUUUGAAAUAUUGGCACAAAGAAGACGAUGACGAAGAGCAGUGCCGCCGCCAUCGGCGCCGUGCACGCGAUGCCUAUGCGUCGCAAAAUUCCCGCCUAAGCCCAGCGGCGUUUCACCGCUAGACCCGAGGCCCCACCGAGCCAGCGCCGGGUACUGAUAGUCCUCGCGUCGCCGUCGACAAAGAUUCGGCCAUGGGGGCCGUUUCGCUGUGCUGGCUGCUCCUUCUAGGCCUACUCGCCUGCAGCCCGUGUCUUGGCCAGACCCAGCCGGAACCAGCCGUGGGCCUCUUCCCAUCUUUUGCACAGAAGGUGAACGUGACCGUCAUGUACGAACCGUACUGCAAGGACAGCUCGUGGUUCAUCACCAAGCAGCUGUUGCCCGUGUACGCGCUUCUGAACAAGCACCUCGUCGUCGAGAUGGUGCCGUUCGGACGCACGCGCAUGAAGGAACCGCAGGGCGCCGACACGACCGUGGCCUUCACCUGCCGCCGCGGGCAGGCCGAGUGCCAGGCGAGCAUGCUUCACGCAUGCGCAAUCACCCUCUACCCGGACACCGACAAGCACUUGCCGUUCAUUGCGUGCACGCUCAAGGGGAAGAAGCCCGAAAAGAACGUGCAAAAGUGCAGCGCCAUGCACAAAAUGGAGAGCAGCAAGAUCGUCGGCUGCGCCUCGUCCCCGCAGGGCAAGAUUCUCCUGCAGAAGAUGGGCUGGCGCACGACGUCCUUGCGACCAGCCGUCAAAACCGUGCCCAGCGUGGUCAUCGAUGGCGAAUUCGACAAGCGCAACCAGAAGAAGCUGCAGAAAAAGUUCAAGGAGACCGUCUGCAAGUACUUCAAGCAGCCUGUACCGGAGCCGUGUGUGGUCAAGAAGAAGGGCUGGUUCAGGGGUUGAACACUUCUUGCGACGGCCCCCUCUUUGCCCCGGAAACCACCCCCACCACCAAAUUUAGCUCUCCUAACCAUUUUCAGAAGUGAAAUCUAACGGCAGCGCCAGAUACCGAACAGACGGAGCCUCCCGUCUUUUUGCUGAGUUUCUAAAACCCUGUACUGUUCCUAAGCGGUUCAGAAAAAAUUCGCAGCCGAAACGUCCCUCCCCCACCUUGUUAGCCCUGCCGCGCAGACUGCGGUAACACGUACAACUGGCCCUUAAGAAAUUGAUAGAUCGCAUUUGGAAAAGAAGAUUCAGCCCUUUUACUGCCUGUCGGCCUGAGCAUCAAGAGUAGUGGACCAUCUAGCGGUGAAGGCGAAAGCGAAGUGGCCAAGAUUCGCCGACGUAAAUCGUUGUAUAGGCGACGCGAGGAAAAUAAAAUUCUCCAUCUGGCCGGCGGUUAU